GCCCUGGAAUGUGCCUGGGAAGCCUUAGUGAAAAAGAUCCAUCAAGCCAACGAUUUGGAUGACGUCAUCGAGGCCCACCAGCUUUUCCUAUCCAGCGUUCUCUCCCGUUGCCUGCUUGAUGCUGAUUCACGGGAACUCAUUUGCCAGCUACGUGCGAUUUUCGACCUCAUCAUCAACUUUUCCCAGCUUCAUCUCCACCUCGAGAACACGGCCGCCGAAGAAUGUGACUAUCGUGCGCGGCUCCAGCUGGAAAUUGAUGCCACCUCCAAGUCCGGCAAGUGGGGUGUCAAUAAGGUGUCAGAUAGCCAAGAGGUCGAACGUCGAAAACAGUUUAUUGAAGAUACUAUUGGUCCCCUGGGCACUCGGUUACGUGUUCUCGCCACCAGCUACCGGGAAAUGGUGACAAACUUCUUGAUCAUGCUUCAGUCGCACUCCGAUCCCAGCCUUCACUUCCUACCCUCCAAUCUGAACUUCAAUUGCCACUACGAGGUCCAUCAAGUCGGUCUGAACGACACGCUGUUGGCCUAA